AUGAAACCCAAAACGGAUGUUCUCAUUGUCGGCGCAGGCCCAACUGGCCUUGUCCUUGCUCUGUGGCUUCACCAUCAAGGUGUCAAUGUCCACAUUUUCGACCAGGCGGAGGCCCCGGCGCAGAACUCCCGAGCGAUCAUUGUCCAUGCGCGCAUAGUCGAGCUGUAUAGACAACUUGGAUUGAGCGAAGACUUGCUGAAACUUGGGUACAAGCUGCCGGCCACGAAUCUCUGGGUUUAUAGGCAGCGCAAAGCGCACGUCCCGCUGGAAGACUUCGGUCGCGAUUUGACUCCGUACCCGUUCAUGCUCAGCGUACCGCAAGACGACCACGAAAGGAUGCUCGAAAAGCGACUGAAUGACGUGGGCAUCCAUGUCGAGCGAGGGUCGAAGUUGCAAGGCUUUGUGGACCACGGGUCUAGCAUCACUGCCACCUUGUUCCGCGAAUCUGAUGGCAGCUCAACCACACACGAAGCAUCGUACAUAGUGGGCUGUGAUGGGGCGCACUCGGUUGUUCGCCACGGGAUUGGUGCCAAAUUCGAGGGCGAAACGUACAAACCGCUGUUCUAUAUCGCCGACGUCGAAGGCAAAAGCGAGAAGCAUUUCAACGGCGAAGGGAACGUGGUGUUCACCAACGACACUUUCAACCUGGUUGUCCCGUACAACAAAGCCGGCCAUGUGCGAUUGGUUGGUAUUAUCAUGCCGGAUGAAAACGACAAUGACAACUCUGAAUCGCUAGUGCAUCAGCACCAGAUCACGUUCGACGACGUUCGACCCCAGAUCAUGCAAGCCAUGGAUAUCGAUAUCACCAAGGUCAACUGGUUCUCCACCUAUCGCAGUCACCACCGUGUGGCCGACAAAUUCCGCAGCAAUCGGGCAUUCCUUGUUGGGGAUGCGGCUCACAUCCACAGCCCAGUCGGCGGGCAGGGCAUGAAUACCGGUAUCAUGGACGCGAUCAAUUUGGCGUGGAAGCUCGCAACGGUCCUAAAGCAGACAAACAUGAGCGAGGAUGCACAAAACCAGCUUUUGGAUUCAUAUGAGAACGAACGCCGCUCAUUCGCUAUGAUGAUAGUCAAGUCCACCGACGCGGGCUUUACCACAUUGACGUCAAAAGGAAUCUUCCCACACAUUCUUCGAAAUUGGCUGAUUCCGUACCUUGUGCCACUGCUCUUGAAACUUGAUUUUGCCCGGACUAGAAUCUUCCGCGGUGCUUCUCAGCUCGUUUGCCACUAUAGGGGCAGCAGUCUUUCUCAGACUGGAGAAGGGGCCGUGCAGCCUGGCGACCGUCUCCCAUGGGCUGCAAUCAACGAGGUGGAUAACUUUUCAACUCUGCGAGAAGUCUGUUGGCAGCUCCAUAUCUAUGGCGAAUCCCUACCACAAAUUGAAAAGUGGGCCCAACAGACGAGUGUGAAGGUCUUCGUCUUUCCCUGGCAGGAUCAAUAUGCCAAUGCUGGGCUGAUCGAGAAUGCCGUUUACUUGCUGCGACCUGAUCAGUACAUUGCAGGGAUUUUCAAGGACCCCUCUGUUGAGGGGCUGAACGAGUACUUUGCUACUCGGGGGUUGUACCUAGGUCGAGACUAG